AUGAAUUCACGGAAUCGACCACGGCAAAGUACAAGGAAUAAUGAUUUGAACAAUGAUUUAACAAUUUUUUCAUGGAAUGUAAAGACUUUGUAUCAACCAGAUACAACAAGAACUUUAAUCAAAAUUUUGAAAGAAUACAAAGCAAAUGUGACAGCUAUGCAAGAAAUGAGAUGGACAGGAAAUGGUAUAUUACAACAAGUAAAAACGUUUCACUGUGACGAACGGAAGCACGAACUAGGAACCGGCUUUGUUGUGAUGAAUAGAGUAAGACACCUAGUGAUAGACUUUAAAGAAUUGAAUCCAAGAAUGUGCUGUCUCCGUUUAAAAGGAAAAUUUUUUAAUACUAGCAUCAUAAAUGUACAUGCACAAACAGAGGACAAAUCAGAUGAAGAAGAGGAGGAGUUUUACGAAGAACUCGAAAGAAUAUAUGACAAUUGCCCUAAGAAUGACAUUAAAAUAAUAAUUGGUGACUGCAAUGCAAAAAUUGGACACGAAACUAUAUAUAAUAAUCAAAUUGGACAAUUCAGCAUGCAUGAACAAACUAAUGACAACGGUAAGCGGCUAAUAUUUUUCGCACCUUCAAAAAAUAUGGUGAUAGCAAGUACAAUGUUUAAGCAUAAACGGAUACAUACUGUUACAUGGAAGUCGCCAGAUAGUAAUAUUUUCAACCAGAUUGAUCAUUGUCUUAUAGAUGCGAGACAUAAAUCAAGUGCAUUAGACGUCAGGGCAUUCAGAGGGGCAAAUAUAGACUCCGAUCACUACAUGAUAAGAUUAAAACAAAGGCACGAAUAUCUAAUGCAAAAAAAGCCACGUCAGUAA